CGGAAAUUGUUUUGUCAUCAAACUAAUAGAGAUCAGCUCAAGAAGUAAUACAAUUAUUAUUUGGCACAUAUUAUAAUAAACAUAAAGAUAGAGUGUGUGUCACUUUAGGACUAUCCAACUACUGGUGCCCAUUGAGUGCGCAUAUCUGUGAUGCGUGAAUAUAUUGAAUAGACUCAAUUUGGCUCUCGAUGUGUAUGUGAUGGCAAUGCUGUUCCCAAUCAAAGAUAUUGUAUCAUAUGUUGUAUAAUGUAAUGGUGUGUUGUGUUUGUCAACCAUAAGAAUAUUCAACAAUUGAUAGCAAAGUGUAUUUCAAUGCUUUAAGAAAAUAUAUAUCCGAUUCUAGUCUUUAUGAUCUCUACCACAACAACAACACCAAAGAAUUAUUAUUUUCUAUACAAUACGAUACCGACAACAAUAAUAACAACAUUGACAUCAAAUCAUUAAAUGAUAGAGCAGUCGGUUCUCGAGCCAAGAGACGACACUCAAGUAGUGAUAUCCGUCAGUUUGGUGUAUGGUAUCCAAAGUUAGGCAACUGUCCGAUGGAUCAACAUAUCCAAGAGUUUCCGGUAAUAACAGAAUGGCUUAAACAACAGCCGCUCUCUAUCCUUCAGUUGGAUGCGGCCGAUAGGAUCGUCCUAUUUAUAGCCGAUGAAAGGGAUGCCAUACAGAAGAAAACGUUCACAAAAUGGGUUAACAAACAUCUAAUUAAGCAUUGGAUCUAUACUGAGACUUACACGUGUUUACACGUUUGCAAUGAUAACUGUUUCACUGAGUGUAAUGAAGUUACCAAAGGAGUGGUAGAUUUAUUUGAGGAUCUUCGUGAUGGACACAAUCUUAUAUCAUUGCUGGAGGUGUUAUCGGGAGAAAUAUUGUCUCGUGAAAGGGGGCGUAUGAGGGUUCAUAUGUUACAAAACAUUCAAAUAUGUCUUGAUUUCCUUAAACGGAGAAAGAUAAAACUGGUUAACAUCAGAGCUGAUGAUAUCGUGGAUGGAAAUCCAAAGCUAACGUUAGGCCUUAUUUGGACAAUAAUAUUGCAUUUUCAGUUAUCUGAUAUUGUGUUACACGACGACACCCAAUCGUUUAAAGAAGCGCUUCUCAGAUGGGCUCAAAAGACAACAGAAGGCUAUCCCGGAGUUAAUGUUAAAGACUUCACUCAAAGCUGGAGGGAUGGACUCGCCUUUAAUGCAAUUCUUCAUCGCAAUAGGCCUGAUUUGCUUGACUACCGUUCCUGUCGUGGUCGCACUGCCCGCGAAAACCUGGAGAAUGCAUUCCAUGUCGCUGAUAAAGAUCUCGGAGUCACUCGUCUCUUGGAUCCCGAAGAUGUGGACACUCCUCAUCCGGACGAAAAGUCUUUGAUAACAUAUAUAUCUUCGUUGUACGAACUGUUCCCCGAACCACCCGAACACAACCCACUUCUAGAUCUCGAGCGAAUCCGACGUAUUGACGAAUAUAAGGAUUUGGCGAGUCGUCUCUGUGUUUGGAUGCGGGAAAGCAUUGUCAGACUAAGAGAGAAAAAUUUUCCAAACACUUUGCAAGAAAUGAAAGUUUUACAACAGGAUAACAAUCGGUUCCGAACUGAAGAAAUACCACCAAAACUUCAUGACAAACAACGAUUGGCCAGUUCUUACAAAGAUAUCAUUAAAAUGGUGAGAGCUUUACCGGGUGGUCAUCACCGCAUUGAAGAAGAAUAUAAGAUCGAAAAUAUUGAACAUCAGUGGAAUAAAGUGAUAACCGCUCACUCGGAAAGGGAUCACGCAAUCAAUGAAGAGAUCCAACGUCUCGAACGAUUACACCGUUUGGCCGAAAAAUUGUUGCGAGACAUCAAACAGUGUGAUAUCAAAUUGGAUGACAUCGAGAGACAAAUUGUUGAAGAAGAGAAAAGAGUUCAACGUUUACAUCCUUUGGACACAAAGUUCAAUAUCGAUAAAAUAGAGGCCGAACUCAGAGAUGAAGGCGAACGCAUUCAGAGUAUGUUUAAAGACGUACAGUCUCUACGUGAAGGUCGCUAUCAUAAGGCAACUGAACUUCACAAUCGUGUCCAACAACUUCAUCAGAGAUGGUCUGAUAUGAAACUUGAAUUUCAGACUCGAGUUGUCGAACUAUUAGCUCAAAGACGCGCCGAAGCACUUAAAAAACCUUUGACUGAAGAAGAAUUGAUUGCUAAAUAUCACUCUUUCAGAUUUAUUCACGAAUGUAUAUUAUGGGUUCAGGAGAAACACAAGAAACUUGAAAGUCUAGAAUAUGGUCACGACUUGUCAUCAGUUAAAGAUAAUUUAGAUCAGCAAAAGGUUGAGCAUCGAUCAAUUGAACAGUUCCAGAGUAAAGUAGACCAAUGCGACAGAAAUAAGCUGGAAUUUAAAGGCGAAGAGUAUGAAGUUUAUUGUCGAAUGUUGAAUAGACUUAAUAAAGGAUUUUCAGAACUUAUUGUCUUUUCUAAUAAACGAUUGAGUGAUUUGGACACUUUGCUCGACUUUGUUCAGUCGGCCUCUAAUGAACUCAAAUGGUUGACUGACAAAGAAGAUGUCGAAGUAUCACGAGAUUGGAGCUCAAAGACUCUUAAUUUAGUUGAAGUAGAACAACAACACCGGCAGCUAAUUAGUGAUAUGGAGAGACGGGAGCAUCAAUUUAAUAUAGUUCAAGAACGGGGAGAAAGCCUUAUCAGACAACGACAUCCCGCAACCAAAUGCAUUGAAGGCCUUAUGGCACGUAUGCAAUCUCAAUGGUCAUGGCUUCUGCAGCUCAUCAAUUGUCUUGAAGUACAUUCCAAAAAUGCAGGUGAUUAUCAUCAAUUCUUCAAUGAAGCCCGAGAUUGUGAUCAAUGGUUGGCUAAAACUGAAGACAAAUUGAACACCACUUAUAGCAAACAAAACUUUUCACUCGAAGAAGGAGAGCAACUGCUUAAAGAAAUGAAUCGACUUAAAGAAGACAUCACCCGUUUUGGCUCAGUUGUCAACGAUUUAGUCUCCAAGAGUAAAGAUGUGCAUCCACUCAAACAACGACGUGCAGCACUUCCGCGACCUGUAAAAGUACGAUCUGUUUGUCUGAUCAAACAGGACAACAAAACAAUUACUAAAAACGAAUCGGUUACUCUUCACGACAACUCAAGACUGUCCAAAUGGCGAAUCACUACCUCAACCGGUGCCGAACUCAAUGUUCCCGGUGUUUGCUUUGUGAUCCCACCACCAGAUCAAGAGGCCAUUGAUACUGCCAAUGAUUUGAGAAAAAGAUAUGAAGCUUUAGUAGCUCUUUGGGCGAGAAAACAGCACAAACUCAGACAAAACAUGAUUUUUGCUACUUUGAAGAUAGUCAAGGGUUGGGAUUAUCCUACAUAUUGUGCAAUGGAUCCACACCAACGUGAUUCUAUUCUUAGAGCUCUUGAUGAUGACAUCGACAAAAUCUGUCGGGAGGGACCAUCAGAUGAUCCGGGAAAUCAACGCUUACGUGACGAGAUGGACGCUUUGAGGAAAAAGUUUGCCGAAUUUGAUGCUAGAAGACGUGCUGAAGAGGAAGAAAAAUCUAAUUCGACACUUACUAAGAAAUAUACAGAUGCGGCGUCUAAUUUAUUGGAAAAACUAUUAGAAAAAGAGAGAAUUUUGGUUCAGCGCUGUCAGAAUCCUAUUCCCAGAAAUCGUGAGUCAUUGGAACAGCUGGUUGUUGAACAUAAAGAAUGGGAAAUCGACACAAAAUCAUAUGAGUCUGAAGUACAGAGAUGUAAGGAGUUGUUUCAGAACAUUCCUCAAAAGUCACCGACUGUUCAGCGGAAUUACGACGAAAUUCUUGAAAAGUGGAACAGUAUUUGGAAUUUGUCUCAGCUCUACAUCGAACGUCUCAAGACUGUCGAGACUGUUCUUUUCGAUUUAGAGAAAGCAUCUCAAGUGAUAACAAAAGCCGAAAUACAAUUGGCUUCAGGCGAUGAUAUGCCGGCCGAUGAAGUGGCUCUCAGACGAGCGCACAAUGAACUCAUUGACACACAGAAUGACAUUCAAAGAAAUAAAUCUACAUUUGAAGAGUUGACUGUUAGUAUAACUAAAGUUAGACGAAUUGUUGAACGAACCCGAUCUAAGACUUUCACUCAUUCCGAUGUCAAUCGACUUGAAGAUGACGUCAAAAAUCUUAUCAAACGUUUGGAUAACUGCGGCGAGACUUUGAUUGAAAGAUUACGAUUGUUGGAGGCCUGCGCUGAUCUAUUGCGUCAGUACAAGAAGAGAAUGGACAGCGAAAGAUCGUGGAUCAGCCAAAUUGCUGCCAAAGUUAAUACACUAUUAACACGACCCGAUCAGGAGUCAGCCAUUAGAUUAAAUGAACAAUUAGUCGAAAGAAAGCCAUCAAUAGAGGAUACGAACGCUUCCGGCGCCCGAUUCAUACGUGAGGCCAAAAUUCAUGAUUUGAAAAUUAAGAGCUAUAGAGAGAAUCUGGAGGACUCUCAUCCUAGUCUCGAUGCCAGUGCCAAGAGAUCUCGUCGUACUCCUGGCGCUGAUAUUGUUAUCCAAGAGUUGGAUCAAUUGAAUAGUGACUAUAAAGAACUAUUGGAAAAUAUGCAAAGACUUCUCAAUAAACAACUUCAAGAAAUUAAACUAACCAACAUAUUGUCAUUCAAGACAUAUCAUAAUGACUUGGGAAUAGCCGUUGUUAACCAAACAUCUAACCAAAUGGACUUUAAUAAUGAUAUCAAUACAACUACUACUACUACUACUACCACUACUACUUCAUUAACUAUGUCUAACCAACAAACAGAUAAACCAAUUAUUAGUCAAACAAAUGACUUUAAUCACAAUAAAAUAGAGUAUGAAAUGAAUGCCAAAACAUGCAAAACUACAUCAACUCUUGUCCUUAAAACCGGUGACACAGAGUCUGUAAAUAUUAAGCAAAAUUUGAAAGAAUUAGUAUCCAAUGUUGACGAGGAUUCAGCUGUUGGUGUAAUUGAUUCAAAUGUUAAUAAAUUAGGGACUCAGACCUUAACUUUUUCUGAGAUAAAGAGUUCCCGGAGACAGAAAAGUGAAUCAACAGAGACGGAUGAGAUAACAGACAAACCCGAAGCCAGUGCUCGAAGUACGAGCAGAAGUUCGUCCCCACCCUCUCCUAAAAAGGCAAAGUCUGCCUCUGAUAUCGUCAGAGAAAGUAUGAAAUCUAAGAGACUCUCUAAUAAAGUUGAGUCGCGUUUUGAUAUUAGAUCCCGUUCUCCAACCAAACACACAACUGUUGUAUUGAACAGUAGCUCUAAUAGCAUUCCGACCAGUGAUAAGUCAGAUUCAUCUCCAGAAAGGAUGAGUUAUAGUGGAUCCAGUAGUUCUCCCACUCACUCACCAGUUCGCCCAAAAGCAAAAUCUUCUCGAAGGACUUCUCCCGAAAAAGGAGUUGUGUUUAGUGAGAUGUCGUCUUCAAUGUCACAAUCAAUGUCGCAAUCAAUGAAACAAUCCAUGAAAUCUUAUUCCAAAGAUAUUGUCACUAAAUCUGAAUUUAGUUCAUCAACUUAUGAAGAAAGGGAAACGAAAAAAUCAUAUAAAUCUAAAAGAAAUGAUUCAAAAGAAAGUGAGAAAAGUAGGGAAAGUGUUUACAUAUCUAAAACAAAGUCUUUACCUUCUGAUCCAAACAUCAGAUCAGACAGUGAUAUAAGUGAUAAAUUAACCAAAAGUAGUGCACAUAAAGAAUCACUUAUAACUGAUUCCCAAAAUGUUGAGUCAAUGGUUUCAUAUUCUGAUAGUGAUGAAAGUGUAACAUAUGAUUUAGCAAUUAAAAGGGGAAUUAUAGAUAAGGAGACGGGACUAAUAGUUGCUCAAAAAGGUGAUGAAAAAUUAUCAAUCGCUGAAAUGUCUAAACGAGGACUACUAGCACUAGCCACGAGUCCUAUAGCAUUGGCGCAUACAUUAUCAUCAACGUAUACAUCCGAUAGUAUAGCUCCUGUUAGGAAAUCUGUUACCAUCUCUGAAGAAAAACCAAUAGAAAUUGUUACUAUUCGUGACAUUCGUUCAGAAUCCCCGAUAACUAAUAAGAAAUUGAUUCGCGAAACGGUUCAGACAAUUAAAUCUAAAGAACUAUUUAUUAAAGACCCAAAAACACAACGAGAAGUGCCAUUAGAUGAAGCAAUAAAGUUAGGUCUAAUUGACAGUCAAACUGCUAAUGAUCUUAAAGCACUCGAUGAUGAAGUUGAUGGACAUAGAGAGGUGACACUUAAAGAAGUGACAAUUUCUGAUCCAAUAACCGGUGAAUCUUUACCUCUAAAUAUUGCUGUUGAAAAAGGUCUCAUUGAUUCAGAGACAGCAAAAUGUUUAGAAAAACGGCAAAUAAUAGACAAUGUGGUGACCACUACUGAAACCGUAGAGUCGGCCAUAAAUGGCAAAUAUAUUACUACUAUAGAAAAACCUCAAACUAGUACUAAAAUUUUGCGCUCUAGUAGUCUAUCGAAAUCAAAUUCUUCAUCCUCAGCGCAUUCGAGUCCUACCCAAUCACCAUCUGGUUUGAGAUCACCAAAGAGUAGAGUUAGUGAUGAAGAGUCGCAUUUUGAGUUGUCAUUGAGUGGCCCACAGGAUAUACAAUCUUUUGAAAGAGUAACUGCUAUUGAAAAGGUAGCGCAAAGAAAAUUAUCACUUAAUACUGCAUUAGAAGAACAAUUAAUCGAUAGAGAAACGGCUAAUAUCAUUAAAUCGGUAACUCAAACAAUGCCAUUGGAUAGAGCUAUCAUUGAAAAUGUCAUCGACGGCGAUAAGGGAUCAAUUAUUGAGCCACAAAGUGGACAGUCUGUAUCUAUAAGAAAAGCAUUACAUUUGGGACUUAUUGAUGUCGACACCAAACAACUAAUUUAUCCAUUAAAACGCUCGCUAUCUCUUCCUUCACUUAUUCAAAAAGGUCUCUAUAAUCCAAAAGAACGCCUAUUAAUACAUCCAGAAACGGGUCAACUCUUAACUUUAUCUCAAGCCAUUGCCAAUGAUAUAGUCGACAAAAAUAGUAAAUUAAUGGAUCCAAAAACUAAAAAAUCAAUUACUUUAGAGGAAGCAAUAAAUAAGGGAAUAAUAGAUUCAGUAACGGGUGAUGUGACCACUGUUAGUGAUCGUAAGUUAUCAAUAGUAGAGGCCAUCAAAACUAAUUACUUAAGACUACCAACUGUGGCAUUCAAAGAGUCGAGUAAACCGAAAUCAUCUUCUGUUCCAGAAUUAGCCUUUUCAUAUACAGCCGCUUUAAAAAGUGGUUUUCUAAAUAAAGAAUCGCAAGAGUUUACUCACCCUAUAACUAAAGAAGUGAUGCCAAUUAAUACUGCCAUUGAAAAAGGAUUCAUAGAUGAAGUCAAAACUACUGAAUUACCAACAGAUAAACAAUAUAUUACAGUCACUCAAAAACCAGUCACAGAUAUUUCUAAACAAUUGGCAGAAACACUAACAGAAAGUUCUUCAGCGAAGACAAGUCAAUCAAAUGAAUUAACUGAAUUAACCGGAAAAGAUAUGAUUUUACAAAUGGGAGAACAAAAUGAUAAACAAUUGAUUAAAUCAAAAGAUUUACCCUUCGGUGAUACCAUUCCUAAGAGCACUGUUGUUACGAUUGAUUCAAAAGGCGCCGCACAAGUAGUUCACACAACAGUUGAGACAGUUAUCACAUCCACCGGUGAAGUAACUAUGAGAACAUCCAGUGCUGUUCAAUCUAUGGCUGACGCCACCAAAAUGGCUACAGUAAGUGUUACUGCGGGAACAGUUACUUCUCCAACAACAGGAGAACCGUUGAAAAUUACUGAACCUUUAGUUAAAAGGUCACAAGCAGUUGAAAUGUCGACACAAACGGGUGAUAAAUAUACAAUUUUCAGUGCAUUCAACAAUCUUUAUGAUAGUAAUACUAAUAAAUGGAGAGAACCAGAAACUAAACAAUUAAUAUCUUUUGAUGAGUUGGUUAGCAAAGGUGUCAUUGAUUUAGAUGCUGUUAUAUAUGAUAGUAUUGAAGAGAAAACUAAAACAACAGCCGAUGCCAUUAGAGAGGGUAGGAUUGAUAUACAAACAGAAAACUUAAUAAUUGAUGCCAAAGCUAAUAAAGUGUUGCCCAUUACGGAAGCCCUAACUCGGGGUCUUUUAACUGUUGUGGGCGUACCGGUGCACGCGACACAAUCAGUGGCCGCACAACCUCUUGUCAAACAAAAAACAAGUGAAAGUAAAACAAUUCAAACCGACUCUAUGACUGAACCAGAGAAGAGGACAACAGCUUCGACCAAAUCACAGACUGAAGUGAGCCGUCAGCGAGAGAUAAGUACUUCGACGACAUUAUUUCCAUCCGAUUUGCAGAACUUAGAGGACCAAUUGACUGCAACUCUUAGAUGGCUGUCCGAUACGGAGGAGGAGAUGGCCAACCAAAAGCCAAUUUCGGCCGACUAUCAGGUUGUAAAGGCUCAGCUUCAAGAGCAAAAAUUGUUUAAGAAGUUGAUCACCGAUAAAGAAACCAGUGUUAGAUCAUUGCUUUCUUCAGCUAAAACUCUUAUCCAAAGUAUGGAUUCUCAUGAAAGGGCGCCCAUCGAGAAACAGAUGCAUGAAAUCACACGAAGAUUUGAUGCAUUGUUAUCGGCCUGUAAUGACAGAAUGGCAUCUCUUGAGCAAACACUUCCCAUCGCUCGCGCCUUUGCCGAGAGAAUUGGUCCAUUGGGUGAUUGGCUCGAGUCGUCAGAAAGAAAGUUGGCUCAACUGUCAACCCAAAUACCUACUGACCAAAAUCGCAUCCGUAAACGUAUUCAAGAACACGAAUCGCUACAUCGUGAUAUUAUUGGUCAUAAACGAGACUUUGAGGAAUUAACAGAAAUUGCUCAAAAUCUUAUGAGUCUUAUCGGUGAUGAUGAAGCACAAGACGUUGUCGAGCGUUUGCAAAGACUAACCGAUAGAUACGCCAAAUUAGUUGAGGAUAGUAUUGCUUUGGGACAACUAUUGAGUCAAUCUCAUGAAGUGUUGGGCAGCUUUGUCUUGAGUUUCGAGGACAUACUCGCGUGGAUACAGGAGAUGGAGUCACGUCUUAACCGGUAUCGAGUACUCAGUGUAUUUGUAGACAAACUUAAAGAACAAGUCGAUGAACUGACAGAAUUGUCCGAAGAGAUUCACAGCCAUCAGAAACAAGUGUCAGAUAUUGUACGCUCCGGUCAAGAGAUAAUGAAGCACUCGUCAGGCGGUGACUCCAUUUUCAUCAAAGAAAAAUUGGAUUCAUUGCAAUCUAGAUUUAGUGAAUUGACACAUAAGGCUACUGAAAAACUAAUGCAAGCAAAGGAGUCGCUACCCAUUUGCCAAAACUUUCAUAAGGCUCACAACAAUCUGAAUGCUUGGAUGGACAACGCAGAGAGAGAACUCAAAAAUAUUGGUUCUUUGAAUCUGAGUUCUCAAGAAAAGAUAAUUACAAAACUUGAGAAAGAAAUUCCAGACAACAGAACUUUAUUGGAAACAUUGAAUCAUUUGGGACCACAAUUGUCACAGAUAUCUCCAGGACAGGGGGCCGCCACUAUUGAAGGCUUUGUCACUCGAGCCUCCAGAAGAUUUGAUGCCAUUUGCGAACAAAUCCAACGUAAAGCAGAGCGCAUUGAAAUAGAAAAACAAAGAAAUAAUCAAAUACUGGUUGACAUCGAUGAACUGCUUGAUUGGUUUAGAGACGCCGAAAAACAACUACUUGAAGCCGAACCAAUUACACCGAAUCCCGAUGCGUUGGCCAUUCUUUUGAAGGAAACUAAAGCAUUGAAUGAUGACAUCAAUAGUCAAAAGGGAAGAGUACGAGAUGUCAUUACAAACGCUAAAAAAUUGUUGCGGGAAUCGAGUGGUGAAGAUUUGAUUGAAAUCAGAGACAAAGCUGAAGAUUUGAGAGAAUUGGCAAAUCAUGUCUCGCAGUUAUGUCAGGACAGACUGAAUGCCUUAGAACAAGCACUGCCUUUGGCCAUACAUUUCUUUGAAGCGCAUAUAGAACUGUCCCAAUGGUUAGAUGAGGUCGAAAAUGAAGCACAAAUGCUCGGAAAGCCUGGCAUUAAUGCCACACAAAUUAGACGACAACAGGAAAUGACUAAAUCAUUGAUCCAAUCGAUAGCAGAACGCAAGCCAUUAGUUGAUAAACUUAACAAAACCGGUGCCGCUUUGAUGCGAAUUAUUUAUGAGGAGGACGCCAGACAAGUCCAGAAGAUUAUGGACAGUGAUAAUGACAGAUAUAAUAGACUAAAAAAUUUGUUAAGAGAACAACAACAGGCACUCGAGGCCGCACUUCAGGCACACUCACAGUUUGCCGACAAAUUGGACGGAAUGUUGAAUGCAUUGAAUAAUACGGCCGACCAAUUGAGAAAUGCCGAACCCAUUGCUGCACAUCCCGAUAGAAUAAGGGAACAGAUUGUUGAUAACAAUGCCAUUAUUAACGAUUUAGACAAAAAAGCUGGUGCUGUAGAAGCUCUUAAAUCUGCCGCACGCGAUGUCAUUAGUAAAGCUGGUAAGAGUGAUGAACCGGCCAUCAGAGACAUUCGCAAGAAAUUAGAUAAACUGAAUGACUUAUGGGAUGAGGUCCAGAAAAAUUCAAAAAAUAGAGAUCAUUCACUUAAUGAUGCGCUUAAAGUGGCCGAAAAAUUCUGGAAUGAAUUGAAUAAUGUAAUGAAAGCUAUUUACGAUCUUCAGGAUACUCUCAACAAUCAGGAACCACCCGCUACUGAACCAAAUGAAAUCAAACAACAACAGCACCAAUUGAAAGAAAUCAAACACGACAUGGAUCAGACCAAACCAGAGGUAGAUCAUUGCAAACAAACCGGUCGCGAUCUUUUGAAACUAUGUGGUGAACCCGACAAACCAGAAGUUAAGAAACAUUUGGAUGACUUAGACAAUGCUUGGGAUAAUGUGACCUCACUUUAUGCCAAACGCGAGAAGAAUCUGAUCGAUGCUAUGGAUAAAGCAAUGAAUUUUCACGAAAUGCUCCGCAAUUUAUUCAACUUUUUGGACAAAGCAGAGCACAAAUAUGAGUCUUUGGGACCAAUUGCUGGUGAUAUCGAUACAGUAAAGAGACAACAACGCGAGCUUAAAGAAUUCCAACACGAAGUCAAUCAACAUAUGGUUGAGAUCGAAGCACUUAAUAGAGCCGCACACGAACUUCUUGAAGAUGUAUCGCCUGAUCAGGCAAGAAGUAUCAGAGGACCAGUCAAUGAAAUUAACAGAAGAUGGGAUGAGCUCUUGAAAAACAUUAACGACAGACAAACUGAUUUGGAUAAUGCAUUGCUAAGAUUGGGUCAAUUCCAACACGCGCUCAAUGACUUCCUUCAAUGGAUCACAAAGACUGAGCGCACUCUCGACGAAAUGAGACCUGUUUUCGGAGAUCCGCCGGUCAUUGAAGUAGAAUUGGCUAAACAUAAAGUGCUAAUGAAUGACAUUCUGGCUCAUCAGUCAAGUCUAGACUCACUUAACAUCGCUGGCAAACAAAUGUUGGCCUUAGAGAGAGACACUGAGAGCGCCCGAAGCACUAAACGAAAGCUUGAAGAAUUGAACUCUCGGUGGGAACAACUUAUAGCCAAAGCUCACCAAAGACAACGAGAACUAGAAGAUGCACUCAGAGAGGCUCAGGGUUUUAAUCAAGAAAUUCAGAAUUUGUUGGCCUGGCUUAAUGAUGUCGACGCACAACUGUCCUCAUCUAAACCAGUUGGAGGCCUACCAGAGACAGCAAGAGAGCAAUUGAAUCGAUUUAUGGAAUUAUAUACUGAACUCGAAGCCACCCGACCUAAGGUUGAAUCAGUGCUUAAACAGGGAGAGGACUACUUGAGACGCUCGACUGAAGGCGCGGCAACUAAUUUGCAACACAACGUGAAAACUCUUCGCCAAAGAUGGGAAAAUGUCUUGAGUCGUGCCAAUGAUCGCAAAAUCAAACUGGAAAUUGCAUUACGAGAAGCAACUGAAUUCCAUGAAGCGCUUCAAGAGUUCGUCGAUUGGUUGACUUCUUCGGAAAAAUAUCUUACAAACUUACAGCCCGUCAGCCGUAUUGUCGACAGUGUAUUGCAACAAAUAGAGGAACAUAAGAACUUCCAGAAAGACAUUGCUGGACACAGGGAGACAAUGCUUAAUCUUGACAAAAAGGGAACUCAUUUGAAAUAUUUUAGUCAAAAACAAGAUGUAAUUUUGAUAAAGAACUUAUUGGUCAGUGUUCAGCAUAGAUGGGAACGAGUUGUUUCCAAAGCUGCCGAACGCACCCGAGCUCUCGAUCACGGAUUCAAAGAAGCCAAAGAGUUUCUCGACGCCUGGACUGAACUCAUGUCUUGGCUAAGCGAUGCAGAAAAGACAUUGGACUCAAUUCAACAAAUGAGUAAUAAUCCCGAAUUGAUUAAACAAAUGCUUUUGAAACAUAAAGAGUUUCAGCGCUCUCUCGGUGCCAAACAGUCCAUCUAUGACGCGACCAUUAAAUUGGGUCGAACUCUCAAAGAAAAGGCACCAAAAUCUGACGGACCAACACUUCAGGAUAUGAUUGACGAACUUAAGAACAAAUGGAAUUCCGUAUGUAAUAAAUCAGUGGACAGACAGCGCAAACUUGAAGAAGCCCUGUUGUAUUCUGGUCAAUUCAAAGAUGCCAUUCAAGCACUCAUUGAUUGGUUAGAUAAAGCAAAAAGAGAGUUGGCUAUGGAUAUGCCUGUCUAUGGAGAUCUCGAUACUGUGACCGCUCUGGUCGAGAACCACAAGACAUUCCAAGAAGAAUUUAAGAGUCGGGCCAAGAAUUUGGAAUCAGUCCGCAAAACAUCUCGUGAUUUAUUGCAAACGGCUAAUGCAGAAGAUGCUCGUCAUAUCAAAGAACAGAUGAGUCUCUUGGAAAACAAAUGGGAAGAAGUGUCGCGAAUGAGUGAAGAGAAACAAAUACGUUUAGAGGACGCUCUCAGACAAGCGGAACAGUUACACAAAUCCGUUCAUAUGCUUCUUGAAUGGCUGUCCGACGCUGAGAUGAAAUUGAGAUUUGCUGGUCCACUGCCUGAAGAUGAGGCCACAACAAGACAACAAAUUGCUGAACACGAGAGGUUUAUGCGCGAAAUGGCCGCACAAGAGAAAAACAAAGACGCGACUAUUGCUUUGGCACAAGAAAUCUUACAGAAGUGUCAUCCGGACGCUACACCUGUUAUUCGCCACUGGAUUACAAUAAUACAGUCGCGUUGGGAGGAAGUGGCCGCUUGGGCUCAACAGAGAGAACAAAGAUUACAGGACCACUUAAGAUCAUUGAAAAAUAUUAUGGAUCUAUUAGAAGAGCUGCUCGCAUGGCUUAUUGGCGCAGAAGCAUCUUUAUUGGCCGCUGAAGCUGAACCACUGCCCGACGAUGUGUUGGCAUUAGAGCGUCUUAUUGAAGAACACCAGCGUUUCAUUGAUGAUAUGAUUCGCAAAGAACCUGACGUUGAAAAAGUUGCCAAAGCUUUCACAACAAAGAGGACAACAAAAGAACAGAUUAGAGCUGGUAUUGACAAAGGAAGACGAGGAUAUCCUCCGCGCACAUCAACUCCAACGAGAGGUAUUGAACCUGAGAUUAAACACCCGCGCGCUCGGGAAUUACUCGAGAAGUGGAGCACUGUCUGGAAGUUGGCUAUGGAUCGUAUGAAACGACUUCAGGAUAAACUUAAUUACAACAGAGAAUUGGAUCGAAUGAGAAACUUUGAUUUCGAUGAAUGGCGCCGUCGGUUCCUCGGAUGGAUGAACAACAAAAAGGCCAGAAUUAUGGAUUUUUUCCGAAAGAUAGACACAGACAAUGACGGAAAGGUUACCAAAUCUGAGUUUGUUGAAGGAUUCCUCAACUCUAAGUUCCCUACAAGUCGUCUUGAGAUGACUCGCGUGGUCGACAUAUUUGACCGAAACAAUGACGGAUACGUUGACCAAAAGGAGUAUUUGGAUACAUUGAGACCCGAUAGAGAUCAACCUAAAACCGAGGCUGAGAUCAUUGAAGAUGAGGUGCAGCGACAGGUGAACAAAUGUAAUUGUCUGACCAAAUAUAAGGUCCAUCAGGUCGGAGAAGGCAGAUAUCGGUUUGGCGAAUCACAAAAACUUCGUUUGGUUCGUAUCCUUAGAAGUACUGUAAUGGUUAGAGUGGGUGGCGGUUGGGUAUCACUCGAUGAGUUCCUCGUAAAGAACGAUCCGUGCAGAGCUAAGGGUCGUACAAAUGUGGAACUUCGGGAGCAAUUUAUUUUGGCCGAAGGAGUCAGUCAAUCGAUGACUCCAUUUAAAUCAAAGUCUCCCAUAAGACCGGACGGAACCAUUAGCACUACGGGUCCCAUAACUAAGAUCCGCGAAAAGAGCGAGCGUUCCGUUCCGAUGUCUCACUCACAUCACUAUCGAUAUGGAAAUUCUACGAGCGAUUACAGCUUCAGUGAUCAGGCAGACAGCUCCGGGGCCUCUAAAGGCAGACCAAUUAGUCGUCUAACCGUUGGAUCUGGCAGUAAACCAAACUCGAGACCCGGUAGCCGUCAUUCAAGUCGACCAUCGAGUAGAGCUGGAAGUGAUAUGUCAGUGGAAAGUCUUGAGGGAUAUCAACAACGCAGGAGCCAAUCAGUGACCCGAACUAAACUGGGUUUUACAUCGACCAAAACUAAUGGGACAAAUGGCAGACAGGAGUGGAAAAAUUAUUAAAAUUUAAUUUUGUUAACUAAUUUUAUAUUUUAUCAACAAUUGUGUUAAUGUAUGGAUUAAUUACUUAAUAAUUGACUAUAUUUUAUAUAAAUGUCUGAAAUAUCGGGCAAUAAUUAGGAUAAUUAUAAUAAUAAUCUCUAAUCAUUGUUAAAGUUCACUAACAAUUAAAACAGUCAUUUAACGACACCUUUGAUGUAAUGGCUAUCAAAUGUAAGGCCUCAACAAAAAACAUCAACAAAAAAAUCACUAAUAAUUUGUCUAUUUUUGUACUUAACUAAUAGUAUUAUAUAAAUAUUAUUUGAAAUACAUUUUGUAUUCAUAUAACACUUUUAAAGCCCUUCUUUACGCCAAAAAAUGCAAUUUUGAAAAGAGAAAGAUUAGUCAUUUGAAUGGACCUAAAAAUAGGUCUUAUUUUUCUGACAUAAUUUUGUAAAAUCAUUGAACUCCUCGACAGAUAGGGAAGGACUUCAAUACAUCUCUUGUUUUUUAGAGACAAAUAAUACAUUUUGAAAGCUAUAUUUUUUCAUUAAUUAUAUAAAUUAAUUUAUAAUUUUAAACUAAUCAAUUGUAAACUAAACACAUACACAAACAAAUUUUUAUUAUAUAUUAAAUUUUAUUAAAAUUUAUAUAGAAAUAACUUAUAAUUUAAUAAUAAAA